ACAACCCCAAACUGCACGCACACUCUUCCCAUUCUCUCUCUCUCUUUCUCUCACCCAGAACAGAAACUUGUGGGAUCUCUGAAAGCCCCGAAACAUGUUACCCUCGCCGCUCCAACUGGACCCGAACGAGACCAACUGGAUCGUUCAUGUCAACGAGAACCUCAACUGCAUGCCCAUAGACGAGCAACAGUGCUGGAAGUCUCCGUCCAUCUACAAGGUCCCCCCCUCCAUCACCGUCCUCAACCCCAAGGCCUACCAGCCGCAGGUUGUCUCUUUCGGCCCCUAUCACUAUGACGAGGUCGACCUCCGUCCAAUGGAGGAGCACAAGCACCGCGCGCUCCUCCACUUCCUGAAGCGGUCCGGGAAGUCCCUCAAGUACGUCUUCGAGUCUCUGAGGAAGGUGGCGCAUGAGCUCGAGGACAGCUACGACAAUCUGGACCAGAAGUGGAAGGAGGGAACGGGGGGCAAGUUCCUGGAGCUGAUGAUCACGGACGGCUGCUUCAUGCUCGAGAUCAUGGGGGCCACCACGACAGAGAAAAUAAAGAAUGACUACGCGCCCAAUGACCCCAUCUUCAGCACCCACAGGCUAGCAUACAUAAUGCCGUAUAUAAGACGGGACAUGCUGCUGCUGGAGAAUCAGCUGCCGAUGCUAGUGCUGUAUCAGCUGGUUGCCAUCGCGAACGAUGGCAAGGAGGAUGACGUCAACGAGCUCAUUGGAAAAUUCCACUUCCUCCAUGAAACUAAAAAGUUCACGGGAUUGGGAAGGCCUGUUGAUGGAACCAAGAAGGCCCAGCACGCAGGGACAAAUGUGGAGACCGAGACAAUAAUCCGGUCAGCCACUGAGCUCAACGAGGCCGGGAUCAAGUUCAAGAAAAGCAAGACCAAAAGCCUCAAGGACAUCUCCUUUGCUGAAGGGGUCCUGAAGCUCCCAGUCAUCAAGGUGGAUGACACCACCGAGUCCAUGUUCCUCAACAUCAUGACGUUCGAGCGCUUGCACAUCAACGCUGGGAACGAGGUCACAUCCUACGUCACCUUCAUGGACAAAAUCAUCAACGAUAGGCAGGAUGUCGCCCUGCUUCACACAGAAGGCAUCAUCCAGAAUGAUUUCGGAAGUGACAAGGCAGUCGCCAAGCUAUUCAACUCUCUGUGCACGGACGUGACGCUCCCAGCCAACGGAAACCUCGAUGACGUGCAACAGAAGAUCAGCGAGCACUGCAAGAAGCGCCGUAACAAGUGGAGGGCUAAUCUCAAGCGCACCUACUUCAGGAGUCCUUGGACUAUAUUGUCUCUCACCGCCGCCCUCUUCCUCUUCGCUCUCACUAUAAUGCAGGCCGUGUAUACCGUGCUCAGAUACCAUGCACAAUGA